CUGAGCGUUCAGACAGAAAGUAGGCAAGAGAGGGAGACACACAUCAGCUCUCUUUGCUGUCCGCUCAGUAGAUACUUCUUCCGAAACGCUCUCGAUCGAGCUCUCUUUCUGAGAAUGCAGGACUUUUUCAUUGGUUGAGUUUUCAGACAGGCUGUCAUGGACAAAUGCUUACGAGUUUCUGAAUAACCAAGGGUCGAAAGAAACCUGGAGAAGAUGGUUAGCAACGGUGCUGAAGAUGUGCAGAUUUGUGGAAGUGGUGAGGCUGAAUGUCCUGAGACCACAGUUGAGAUAAAGAUAAAGAUGUUGGACUCACAGACAUAUACAUUGCGAGUGGAUAAAUGUGUGCCAGUUCCUGCAUUGAAGGAACAAAUUGCCACAGUUACUGGUGUCUUGACAGAACAACAACGGCUCAUAUGCCGUGGAAAAGUGUUGAAGGAUGACCAGCUGCUUUCGGCUUACCAUGUGGAAGACGGUCACACUUUGCAUCUGGUUGUGAGGCAACCUUCAUCAGAGAGUACCCCUGAUACCCAAGCAACUGCUUCUGCAUCAAGUGCUGGGUACAGUCAAGGAAACCGAGUGAGUCCUGGUGUAGUAGUUGGAACCUACAGCUCAUCUGAUCAUGGAGAUGGAAUUUUCCCUGAUUUGAAUCGCAUUGUAACAGCUGUGCUUGGAUCUUUUGGAAUUGCAAGCGCUGGUGGUGGCAAUGAGGGGAUUGAUCUCCAUGGUUUUGGUCCGGCUAGUCUAGGGAAUAAUAGAGAUUCUGGUAGAUCAGAGACUGAUCAAGCUGAUACAAGGGAUCAAUCCAGCUUCACUACUAGUGCUUCUGCACGUCCGACGGAUGUUCCACCAGAAGCUCUGCAAGCACCGGUUAUUCCCGAUUCUCUUACAACCUUGACCCAGUACUUGAGCCAUUUAACUGCAGAGUUCAGAGCCAAUGUUAGAGGACAAAGUGAGACUACACAAUCUGCUGGUGCACAUGUAGCAGAUAGAACAGAUUUAGAUGCUACCGCCCAUUCAAUCGGAGAGAGGGGGUUUCCGACACCUGCAUCCUUGGCGGAAGUGAUUAUUUUGACGAGACAAUUAUUCAUGGAACAAGUUGUAGAGUGUUUGUCGCAAUUUUCGACAUUGCUAGAGAAUCAAGCAAAUGUGGCAAAUCCAAGAGAGAGAAUGAGAAUUCAAUCAUAUGCUGUGAGAACAGGAGGGCUUUUCCGAAACAUAGGUGCUAUGCUACUUGAGCUUGGUCGGACGACAAUGACACUGCGAAUGGGCGAAACACCAGAUGAUGCUGUGGUGAAUGCUGGACCCGCUGUCUUUGUGUCCACUGCUGGCCCCAAUCCUAUAAUGGUUCAGCCACUACCUUUUCAGCCGAAUACAAACUUUGGGGCUGUUCCUGUUGGAACUGUACAAAAUAAUACUGGAUUUUCUGGGGGAUCUGUUGGUUCUGGCUUUAUUCCGAGGAAUAUUGACAUUAGAAUACGAACAGGUUCAUUUAUGGCUUCAAAUCCGAAUCGAAGAGAGCCUACUGGCUCACAGCAACCAGGGCAAGCUGGUCAAGCAGCUUCUAGUGGUGGAAGUUCUGAUCAACAGAACACUGGAGGCACUAGAAACUCUUCUGCCAGGGAGUCAGCUGUGCGGGUAGUUCCUAUUAGGACUGUAGUUACUGCAGUUCCCGCUUCUGUUGUCCGUUCAACUUCUGAUUCAGUUCGAAGUCCCAUGGGAAUAUUCUAUCCAGUUUUAGCUAGAGUGCAACAUGUCAGUUCUGGGAGUUCUGACAAUUCAGGAGCUUCUCAAGCAUCUGAUCAAAAUAAUUUACAUGGUGUUGAGACUCGAGACCCAGCUAAUCCUGUUUCUGUUGGGCAACAGCAAAAUAUUGGACUCCCUAGUGUUGAAGGUAACUCUAGCUCAUUCAGUGAAGUAUCAAAUGGUGAAGAGUUUUCUGCUCAGUACCAAAGUAGUGUUGACCAACUUCUGAGGUCAUUAUUCUCUAGUGAAUCUGUUCAUCAUGAGAAUGUUUAUGAUCGUGGUGUACGUACAAAUUCUAUUAGUGGAGAUGGUGUGGCAGCUGAAAACAAUAGUAAUACUCAGGAGACAGAAGCAGCAGGAGAUGAAGGGGUUUUCCUAUCAAAUAUUCUACGUCAUAUCAUGCCAAUUAUUUCUGAAACCAAUGGAACAUCAUCUACUAAUUUACCUCGUGAACGAUCAAAUGUGGCUGAAAAUAGAAGCUAUGACCAUCAAACACAGGCGCAAGAAAACACAGAGCAUGCAAGUUCUUCACAUCGGCGCCGCGAUCCUCCAUUGCCACCAAGCUCAAAACGUCAAAAGGGGGAGUGAUUUCUUGAUUCCCUGGUUUCAGCCAGAAAACGUAUUGCGGCUUUGUGUUGCAUCUCUGCUAUAUGGUGAAGCGGGACUGAUUUCAAGAUUGCUGGUUUCAGCCAAUGCUUUGAGAUUCUGUUGGUGAUGUUUGGAUUUGCAAACAAAUUGAGACGUUAUUUUGGCAGCUGCAGAGUGUAGAAUGAAUAUUUACUCCUUUCAUUUGUGAUGUAAAUCGAGAUAGCACAAGGAAAUGCAACUAAUAUUGAGCUGAGAAGAAAUAAAUUAGAAGGAACUAGGGGAAUACUCCUUCACGAUCCUUCCAUAA